AUGGGGGCGAAGAUAACGGUGGACAGCGCGAGUUUGAUGAACAAGGGUUUGGAGGUGAUUGAGGCUCACGAGGCUUUUGGGGUUUCUUACGAAAACAUAAAAGUGUUAAUUCAUCCUCAAGCCAUUUUGCAUUCUGCUGCUGAAAUGCAAGACGGGGCUGUCCUCGCCCAGCUGGGGCUGCCCGACAUGAAGCUGCCCAUUGCCUACGCCUUCGCCUGGCCCCACAGGCUCCCGAAGACCUUCGAGUGUCUGGGGCUGGCGUUUGCUGCGGGGCAGCGGGGGGGUCUUUUCCCAGCAGCUUUAAGUGCUGCUAAUGAAGAAGCAGUGUCUCAGUUUUUGGAAAAGAAGAUUCAUUUCACGGAAAUUCCCAAAGUUGUCAAACUUGUCCUGAAACAGGCUGAGACGGAGUUUGCUGCUUCCCCCAGCGCGGCCAUUUCGCUUGAGGAUGUGCUGCAGGCGGACGCCUGGGCCCGCCAGGCCGCCAAGACCUUCAAGCCUAACCCCUCGCUGCCUCUUUGA